AUGACGACGGUGCGCGUGACCGAACCCGCGCGCGCGGCGGAUCGACCGGCGCUGUGCGGAUACUUUGAUGAGUUUAGCGGCGGCUUGGCGCCGAGGUACGCGUUCGACACGCCGUGGAACGAGGGGUUCGUCGACGCGAGCGCGGCGAAAAAGGCGAAAAAGGCACCGGUGUUAGCCGUCACGAACGGUCCCGGGAUCGCGCACGGGUACAUGAGCGCCCUGGAGACGCUGAGCGGCGAGGCUGGCGGCGCUCGAGAGGUGUUCUUUUACGACCAGCGCGGGAGCGGGAAGAGCAAGGGCGCGUCGUCGUACGAUUUGGCGCUCUACCUCGACGAACUGCGAACGGUCGCUCGUGAGUUACGUUUGGUGGAAGAGGGCGGCGCGCACGUUCUCGCGCACGGAUAUUGGGGCGCGCGCCUGGCGACGACGCUCGCGGCGGAAGUGCCCGGAUUCGCUCGAUCCGUCACCUUGGUGGCGCCGACGGCGACGAGGAGACGAGAGGUGGCGGACUGGCGACGUGCGCUGGAGGAUAUAUCCAAAGAAUCGCGCGACGCGAUUUUAGAUUACGAAGAAGAUCUGGAUCCGUCCAAACGCGCGAUGAACGAUCGAGGUUUGCGGGAGUUUAGCGAGCGGUUUGUCAGCAUCCGCGGCGACCGCGGCGCGUGUUUCAACGAUGUUCUCGCCCCGAGAUCGAGUGAUGCUCCGCGAAACGCGAUCACGGGUGGUAAAUAUUUCAGCGUCGCCGGGUCGCUCGCGAACGACGUCAUCGAUCUCCGAGGUCUGGGCGAAAAGCUAGGGAAGAACGGCGUGCGGGCCGUGCGCGUCAUCAGAGGCGAGCGAGACGCCGUGACGCAAUCGAGCGCGCGCGAGAUCGUGGACGCCAUCAACGCCGAAUCGAGCCAAGGUGCACCGUUUUGCGCGUACGACGAGAUCGAGAACGCCGGAAGCUGCGCGUUCUUGGAUCGCGGCGAUUACUUUUUCGAGACUCUAAACAUAUGCGUGGAAAAGGCUGAUGACUAG